AUGUCGCACUCCGGCAUGAAGCUUCGCUCCGGCCUCGUCAAGGCCGCCGACGACAUCAUCGCCCCCCGCAAGGACAAGUCGCGCGUCACCAAGCGCACACCGCCUGCUCCAAGGACGCCUCUGGCCGCCGCCGAGCAAACUUUUGUCAGCAAGUUCCGCUGGACUGAGAAGAGGGACAAGACCCUUCUCAUCCACCUCAUUGGCCUCGGAGGUGCCAUCACCGAUGAGGAGUACGCGAAGUUGGCGACGCUGUGGGAGGGCGCCACAGCCGACGACGUCCAUGCCCGCGUCGAGUUUCUGCGAGCCCAGCAGAUCCUCACCGUCAGGACGGAGGAGACAGCUGAGGCAGCUGCCGAAGCCGAUCCCGAGUCCGCGUGGGCCGACAAUGUCGACCAGUCCGCCAACGUCGAGGAGCCCGUCUCGUCGGAGACCUCCUCACCGCUCUCUUCACCUCUCUCCUUGGCUAGUGAGGCUCCAUCACCACCACCACCAUCAUCUCCAGCAUCUCUUUCCUCUUCCUCGUCCGCCGCUUCCGACGACGAGGGCGAUGAUGACAACGAUGACGACGAGGCGCAGCCCGCUCUCAAGCCUGCGCUCAAGUCCCGGACCAGCACCACCGCUGUUCCCGGCGGCAAGUCCGUCAGAUUCGCAUCCCCGUUCAUCGCCACGAAGAGCACAAUUCCCCGGAUGGGCAAGGGAUCGUACGUUGACGAUAUGAAGCGUGGACACCAAUGGGUCCCUGUCGCCACCGCUCAGUGGGAGGAAGAGAUGUUCGAUGCCGAAGACGCCGCCUUCUCCGCCUCCGCCUCCGCCUCUCCCCGCCGCCGCAAGCGCUCCGCCAACGCCGCUGCCGACGAUGACGAGCUCGCCCGCCCCGCCAAGCGCAGCCGCAGCAGCAGCACAACCACCGCCGCCGCCGACGACGACGACAGCAGCAGCAGCAACGGCAGCGACAAUCCCGACUACGAGGAGGAGGAGGAGGAGGUUCCCUACCCCCUCUCCCAGACUGCCCGCUCCCCGCGCGUUCCCCGCACACGUGCCGGAUCCCCCUUCACCGCCAGCAACAUCAGGUUCGCUGACGAUGACCCCUCUGACUUCCCCCGCUCCUUCCCCAACAAGUACGCCACCUUCCCGAAGCCGGUGCGCGCCAUUGCCGCCGUUGCCGAGGGCGAGGACUGGCAGGAAGAGAGUGAGGAUGAGGGGGAGACGGCCGUGAUCGCGGGGGACGUGUCCUUCGAGAUGCGAGAAGAGUACACCCCCAACGUGCGCUUCACCACGGUCCCACAUUCCCCUCCAAGGGUCGUCCCGGACGAGGGCUGGUCUGAGCCGUACGCAAAGGACCGCGGCGGAGAAUGGGAGUCUGAUGAGGGGGAGGGUGAAAGCGAGGAGGAGGAGUCUUUGGCGGAGUUUGGAGAUGAGGGUUCUGUGGUGGAGGAGGCGGAAGAGGAAGAGGAGGAAGCACCUUGGCAAGUCUUCCAGCCGGCGCAGCCUCUCUACGACCAGACGCACGGCUUCUCGGGCUAUCAACAGGUGGAAGGUAGCAGUGAUGCUGCUUUCUAUGGCGACCAGUUCAUGAAUGCCAACUACGGCGCGGCUGGGGGCUGGUACCCCGAAGCGUCGCAGGAGGAAUUCGUGGACGAUGGUUCCGCCGGGCAGCAGUACUACUACCCGCCACCACCUGUCGACGAUGGCGGUAACACCCCUUACCCCGGACUUGGCAGCGCCCCGCCUGCAUCAGUCGGCGAAGAAGAGGUCGCCGAGCAUCCUCUUCAGGAGCAGCAGCAGCAGUAUGAGGAGGAGCCGAGGGAAGAGGAGGAGAGUGAUGCGGACGACGUCGAUGACUGGACGUACUUCAACCAGUUUGACAACGGGUCCGUCUCGCCUACCAACCCUACGUGGGGCCAGUGGAACCGCUAG